CAUUUAUGGGAUAAGCACACUCAAAUGAAGAUUGUUAAUUUAUGAAUUUCUAAACAGAAGAAAUAUUUCCAUAAGAAUAGCCAUAAUAAUAAAGAAAGGUAUUCAAAGCUGCCAAAAAACCUACUACUUAAUAAAAUACUUAGAAAAACACAAAUUUGACUUCGACUCCUUAAUCUACAGACAAUGUGCAAAAGUCACAAGAUGAAAAAGUUAAGGGUAACAACUAUUUCUCAUAAAAAAACUAUAUCAAAGCCAUAGAAUGUUAUACUAGAGCUAUUGUAUUCAAAAUAAAUAUUUAGGAUUUGCAUAGUUAAGAUUCUGUUUAUUAUUCCAAUAGAGCAGUCGCAUAUAGACUAUUGAAUAAAUUUUAGGAAGCUAAAUUAGAUGCAGAAAAGGCAAUCAAAAUAGAUUAAAAAAAUGCAAGGGCAUAUUUUAUAUAUGGAACAAUAAUUUUACUAGAAGUUUAAAUGUCUCCAGAAAUUAGUGAAUAAUUAAUCAAAUAAGCUCAUUCGGGUUUAAAAUAUUUAGAAUAAGGUAUUUAUAUCAUUAUCAUAUUUUAGCUUAUGAAUAUAUUAAAGAUAACAAUGAUUAAUAAAAGAAUAAAUUGAAAGUUCUUAUACAUCAAAAUUUAGGAAAAGGAAAAAGAAUGGUAUUCCUAAUUGCAUAAGAAAUGGAUAGAAGAAGUAUAAAUAAUUUAAUAUACUUUGAUAGAUGUUGCAUCUUUGAAAAGUGUACUUGCUUCAAUUGCAUAACGAAAAAAUGUUAAAUUAAAUUGGAAUUAUAUAGAUAAAUAAACUUAAACUAAAGUACUCUAAGAUAUUCCAAUACCUUAAGCUUUUAAUUGUGUAAUAUCAUAUGAAAUAAUGAAUGAACCCAUUUUGUUUAACACUGGUUAAACUUAUGAAAAAAAUGGCAUUUUUUAAUAAUUCACUUCAAAUGGUUGUACUGAUCCUAUCACAAGAGAAUAAAUUAUUCCGUAGACUGCUAGACUAAAUCUUUAACUAUUACAAGGAAUAAAUGAAUUAAAAUAGAAAUAUGGAUGGAUUGGAAUAGAAUAAGAAGAAGAUUACAAAGCAAUCAAAUUUGAAUGA